CUCUCCAGUCUCGACUUCACCAUUCGCCUAGGCCACGGUGGUGAGGCAUGCCCGUCCCGAGGGGGGUGGUUAUCGCCAUCCAAAAUCACCAUUUGCCACACGAACGGCAUCCAUCGCUGUCAAGUCGAGUUUUGUCACUGUCUCCAUGCCCCUUCCGUCCCCUGUCAACUUAUCCAGGAGCGCAUCUGGCCCGCCACCCUGGAUCAGCCUCAAACUGCGUUCACAACUCCACUACUCACACUGUACGACCACCUUUGGAACGUCAGCAAUAAG